CAGAUUCGAAGAGAAUGUCAAAAAGUGGAAGCUCAAUGGUGAAGGUACAGUCAAAACUGACGGUUGUGUCGGACAAACCGGUAGAGACAGGGAAGACGUAUCCCUUUUCCGUAUUGGAUCACGCCAUGGGACUCCACACCCUCCACAUCGUCUUCUACUACAGGUAUGAUCGACCAAAGUCCGAAGACCUCGGCCACUUGAGGGCAUCUCUGUCACAUCUCCUCACAAUGUACCCGACCAUUACCGGCCGGUUACGGCGGAGAGCCGGCAAGGAGGAUAGCAACUGGGAGGUCAAUUGCAACGAUGCUGGGGUGAGGGUUUUGGUUGCCAAGGUCCACACUACCCUCGAUGAAUGGCUUAGAUCUGCUGAUGGGUCCCAUGAGAGAGAUCUGACGGUUUGGGAGGACAUGCCGGAGGAAGAUACCAGCACUUGGUCUCCUUUCCGUAUUCAGAUGAAUGACUUUGAAGGUGGAGGCCUUGCUAUUGGUCUAAGUUGCACACAUAUGUCUGCAGAUCCAACCUGCUGCACUACAUUCUUCAAAUCAUGGAUGGAGAUAGACAGAGGUGUCUCCAUUGCACAUCCACCAUUCUUCCACCCUCCUGGGCUACGAAGCAGAGCUUGUCCCAACACAAACACUAAAUCUGCAGAUUACUGUGCUACCAAAUCGAAGGCUGAACACCCAUCUCCAGUGAAAACUUCCACUGUAACCUUCCGUUUCUCAGACAAAAUGAUCAAACAGUGCCUCUCAGAUAUCCAAACUGAGUGCCCAGAUGCCACCCCUUUUGAUUUUCUUGCUGCUCUAUUCUGGUCUUGUGCUAUGCGUGCAAAGACACAUAUGCAUCAUGACAAGAUGUGCAACCUCUCCAUAUGUUUUGAUUUCAGGAAACUAUUGCACGCCCCACUCCCUAAUGGUUACUUUGGUAAUGCUCUGCAUUUUUUAAUGGUUUCAUCUGAGUCAAGCAAGAUGAAUGAAGCUAGUGGAUUAGCUUAUUUAGCUGGGCUAGUUCAUAACCAUUUGUCAAAUCUUGAAGAAGAGGAGUUCUUGUCAGCUAUAGAUUGGCUUGGAUCACAAAGAGGAGGAGGAGGAGGGACAUAUGCUUCACCUUUCAAGAUGUAUGGACCUGAGCUGACAUGUAUAAACAUGGAGCAUCUGUUUCCUUAUGAAGCAAUUUUAGAGAACAAGAAGCCAUUGCAUGUGUCAUAUCAUGUGGGCAAUGUAGAGGGUGAAGGGCUGAUUUUGAUUCUCCCAUCACCAGAAGAAGGGCUAGGUCGGACGGUGAUCGUGACAUUGCCGGAUGAUCAGACUGAUAAGCUACGAAAAGAUCCAGCUAUUGUGUGCCUUGAGCCUACCAUGAUUGUUAGUGGGAGUUGAUGAUGAAAUGAUUUGAUUUAAGUUUGGAAUGCUUGAAGAGAAUUUAUUGUGAAGAGAUGGAGGGAAUAAGGUUUUAUAUAUAAGAACUCUUCUAGUGAUUGAUUGUAUUAGAUGUGUUAAGACUAUGUGCAGGUAAUCCCUGAAAUCAAGGGUUUCCCUCAAUAAUCAUGUAGCCUCAUUUAGUUGUUGUUUGAUUGCAGCAAUAAUUCACAGA